AGACCAGACGGUCUCCUCUGUUCUGCUCUCUCCCCUUCUCUUCCCUUUCUCCUCUCCUCCUCUCUACCUUCGCUGCUUCUCUCUCUCUCUCUCUCUCUCGGAGAAAGCGGGGAAACAAGAAUUAUGGGUUUCUUUUCCUUCUUUGGAAGACUCCUCUUAGCCUCCUUCUUCAUCCUCUCCGCCUGGCAGAUGUUCAAUGAACUUUCAGCUGAUGGGGGUCACGCGGCUAAGGAGUUACGUCCUAAGUUGGUCGUUGUCUCGAAACACCUGUCUGAUCUUCUUGGCAAAAAGAUCCCUGAUGUUGAUGUUAAGCAAGUCGUUACUGGGAUCACUUUCAUGAAAGGAAUUGGAGGCUUUCUAUUCAUCCUCGGUAGCUCAUUUGGGGCUUAUCUCCUGCUUCUCCAAUUGGCAUUCACAACCCCGAUCCUCUACGACUUCUACAACUACGAUCCCAGCAGGCCCAAAUUCGAGAUUCUCCUGAAUGAGUUUGCCCAGAACAUGGCACUUUUCGGUGCACUGCUCUUCUUCAUCGGAAUGAAGGGUGCACUUCCAAAGAGGCAAGUCAAGAAGAAGGCCCCCAAAUCGAAAACAGUUUAGAUACUGCAGAAUAAUACCGAUGGAAGCCUGUUGAGAAAUUUGGAUUAUUGAUUCGGCUUUUUCUUGGAAUUGUCAGGCCCAUCGAUCAAAUUAUACCGUGAACAUUGUCGAGAGCUAAUGAUUCAAGAAUUCUCUGUCAUAUUCAUCUUUCGGUAGGAUUAGAGGGUAUAAUUUUCAUAGGUUUCGAUUUUGUCAUGUCAUGGAUGACUUUUUGUUCUUGGAAUUAAUUGCCAUUUGUUUGGAUUCUACUCCGUUUCA